UAUACUCUCGAGGCGGCGAGGGAUAGAAGAGAAGCGGGUGGAGAUCUCCGAGACUCAUCUCCUCCUCCUCUACCUUUUUUAGAUCCUCGAAACCCUAAAUUGCGUGUGGAGAAGGAAAGCGGAGAAGAAGAAGAAGAAGAAGAUUCUCCGGGUUUUGAUGAGGGCGGUGUUUUGUUAGUGCCUGAUAUCCGUUGUUUGCGAGGCUGGGGCGUGGGAGCUCCCGAUCGGGCCACUGGAGCUGCACGGAUUGGCUUCGAGUCAUGGCCGGGAUGGAGAUCGAUUCGCCUCCCAAGGAGGAGAUCGCUUCCGUUUCCGCCAAUGAUCGGAUUGUGCAGAGACUUAUACAGCAUGGGGUUCCUCAAGAGAAACUGUUGCAGUUCCAGUUGGGAUUAGUUCUCUUUGCAAAGGAGAAUAAAUCAAGGAUUCCUGAGAUGGUCUCCUGCAUUUUAACAGCUGCUGCUGACAUAUUGGAAUCCCGCGGAUCACAAAAAACUCAUUCUGGAGGAGCCCUUAACAAUGAAAGUAUCAAAGAUGUAUAUGCUGUGAGCUUAUUGUGGUUGCAGUGGCUAAUGUUUGAGGGAGAGCCCAAACUAGCUCUUGAGGAUUUGGCCCGAAAGUCAGUGGGCCAACGGGCUGUGUGCGGUGCUGUUUGGGGCCACAAUGAUUUGGCUUACCGUUGCCGAACGUGUGAACAUGACUCAACUUGUGCCAUAUGUGUUCCUUGCUUUCAGAAUGGCAAUCAUAAAGAUCAUGAUUAUUCAAUCAUUUACACGGGUGGUGGUUGCUGUGAUUGUGGAGAUAUCACUGCAUGGAAGCGUGAGGGUUUCUGUUCAAGGCAUAAAGGAACUGAACAAAUCCAACCUCUAUGUGAAGAGUUAGCGAAUUCUGUGGGACCCGUGUUGGAUUCUCUUCUUAGGUAUUGGAAGGACAAGGUUUGCAUGGCAGAAUUUCCUCCCCGAGCUAGAGGCCACCGUAGUGAUGUACAGGGUAAUGUUGCGAAUGAAUUGACUAGCGAAAUUGUUGGGAUGUUGCUCGACUUCUGCAAAUGUAGUGAGAGCUUGCUUAGUUUCAUAUCUAAAAGGAUGUAUGCGUGUAGUGAUUUGUUGGAUGUUCUUGUCAGAGCAGAGAGGUUCUUGGAUGAUAGCAAGGUUGUAAAGAGGCUACAUGAAUUGCUUUUGAAACUGCUCGGGGAACCGCUAUUCAAGUAUGAGUUUGCCAAAGUUUUCACAGGAUAUUAUCCGUUUGCUGUGAAUGAAAUUAUUAAAGACGGCAUCAACUCGAUGCUUGAGAGUUACCCGCUCGUGUCAAUCUUCUCUGUUCAAAUAUUUACUGUACCUUCCUUGACUCUGAGACUUGUUCAUGAGGUUGAUCUGUUGGCUGUACUUAUGGGAUGCCUGAGAAAUUUACUCCUUUCAUGUGUUAGUGAAGAUGGUCAUUUACAGGCAAGCAAGUGGGCAAACAUAUAUGAAACCACAGUCCGUUUAGUGGAGGAUACACGCUAUGUUUUGAGCCAUGAGGAGGUUUCCAAGUAUGUUGUUCAUGAGAGGCCUGAUAUAUUGAGAACAUGGAUGAGCCUCUUAAGUACUGUACAAGGUAUGGAUCCUCUGAAAAGAGUAAUGGGUCUUCAUGCAGAGGACGAGAAUGAAAAUCUUCCAGCUCCCUUUAUAUUAGGGCAGUAUAUUGGCAAUGUCCAUAACCUUUUGGUAGAAGGAGCAUUUUCCAAUUUUGAAUUCAAAGAAUUGAUGGAUGUUACUCUAUGCUCCUCAUGUAAUCGAGGCUUGGAUGAUAAAGAUAGUCAGUGUGAUUCAAAGGUAGUAAGGCUUUCCCAAGAAUUUAGUGAUGUAGAUUGUAGCAAAAGAGAUGGCCCAAGAGUUCCCUCUCCUGCCGUGUGGAUGAUUCAUGAAUCCCUGAAGGCUAUUGAGAGUUGGUUGGCACCUAAUAUGGUAGUAGAGAGUGAUACAUCCUCCCUUAUUGAUGCUGGCAGCAGUUGUUGUAAUUUCUUGAGUUUGAGAAAGAAACUUCUUAAGACCAAAGAGGGCGCAGGUUUUUCUGACCCAUCGGAUAACUGUCUCAUGGAUUUCGAUUCUGGGGAAGAAGUGGAUGAACUGGGUAUACUGAACAUGGUUGAUUGGCCUCAUAUUGUUUAUGAUGUUAGCUCACAAGAAAUAUCUGUUCAUAUUCCUUUACAUCGAUUACUUUCCUUACUACUGAGAAAGGCUAUGAAGGCGUGCUACAGUGAAGCUGACAAGCUGGAUAAGUCUAGUGGCUUUUUUGGGCAGGUUUUAGGGGGCUUCAAAACUAAUGGUUUUGCUGCCUCUGUGAUGGAGAAUCCGUUACGGCUCAGGGUAUUUUGUGCUCAGGUGUCUGCUGGAAUGUGGCGUAAGAAUGGCGAUGCGGCGAUAUCAACUGCUGAAUGGUAUCGUUCUGUGCAAUGGUUUGAACAAGGUCUGGAAUCUGAUCUCUUUUUGUUGCAAUGCUGUGCUGCUUUAGCACCUCCAGAAUGUUUUGUCAAGACAAUUCAAGAGAGAUUUGGUUUAUCGAAUUAUACCUCCCUUAAUUUUGCGGAACAUAAUGAGUAUGAACCAGUUCUGGUGCAAGAAAUGCUUACUCUUAUCAUACAAAUAGUAAAAGAAAGACGAUUUUGUGGACUUUCUACAGCUGACAACAUAAAAAGAGAGUUGGUUUAUAGACUAGCUAUUGGUGAUGCCACUCAUAGCCAGCUUCUAAAAUCUCUUCCUCGUCACCUUGCAAAGAGUAAUCAGCUUCAAGAAGUUUUGGAUAUGCUUGCAGUGUACUCAAAUCCAUCUGGCAUGAAGCAGGGCAAAUAUUCUCUUCGGAAAUCUUACUGGAAAGAGUUGGAUUUGUAUCAUCCUCGUUGGAAUUCUAGGGAUUUACAAAUCGCAGAGGAGAGAUAUUUUCGCUUCUGUAAAGUUUCUGCCCCUAAUUGUCAGCUACCUCGAUGGACUGAUGUCUUUGAUCCCUUGAACAAUCUUUCGAAAAUUGCUACUUCCAAAGCCGUCCUUCAAAUAAUUCGUUCUGUUCUGUUUUAUGCUGUUUACGGUGAUAUUUCUUCAGCAUCCCUCGCACCUGAUGGGGUUCUUAUUACGGCAUUGCAUUUAAUCUCAUUGGGAUUGGAUAUUUGCGACUCAAAAAGUCAAAGUCUGAUGGAUAUUGACCAAUUUGGUACUGGUGUGCUGCAACAUGAUGAUGAAUCGUGGGUGGUUGUUUCACAUAAUGCCCAAGAUUCCUUUCCUCUUUUAACAUACGCUACAGAAGAAUUUGUUCCAGAGUCUGAUUUCGGAAAGAAACAAAGCAUGCUGUCGCUGCUUGUUUUACUAAUGCAAAAGUACAAGGAGGACAAUGAGAGUAGCUAUUGUGGGACAAAAUAUUGUAAUAUUUCCUCUUUGAUUGAGGGUUUGUUGAAGAAGUUUGCUAAUCUGAGCAGUGAUUGCAAGUCAGUACUUAAACGAAUGGUGCCAGCAUUGGUUUCUUGCAUCUGGGUGCCCAACAGUGAUAUACGAAAUUCAGCCACGGCAUCUGAUUCUGCUGAGAGGAAAGCAAAAGCACGUGAGCAUCAGGCAGCAAUAAUGGAGAAAAUGAGAGCUGAACAGUCGAAAUUCAUUGCCAGCCUUAGCUCCUCAGGUUAUGCUGCAAAUGAUAAUUCAAUAUCUGCACCAGAAAAGUCCAACGCAGAAAUCAUCACUGAACAACCAGUGCCGCUUUGCUCCCUUUGUCGCGAUUCAGAUUCUAAAAGUCCUUUGUGCUAUCUGAUUCUUCUCCAGAAAUCUCGACUUGCAACUUUUGUUGAGAGAGGACCGCCAUCAUGGGAAAGUGGUAACCAAUCAGAUAAGAGAAUUAGUUCGGGCGGGAAAGAAGGGUUAAUUAAUCUGUCCAGUGGUGGCUCAAGCAAUUCAAUGCAGUCUGGGCAGAACUCAAGCUUGGAAUCCUCUUUAGAUAUUGAUCAGGGUCGAGUUGAGGCAUUUCUUGACUUUGGCGGACAACUUGCCAAUCUUAGAAAUUUCCAACUACCAGAUACACGUAAUAAUAAUGAAGAACUACUUGCCAAUAUUAGAAACUUCCAACAACCAGGUGCACAUAGUGAUAAUGCAAACCCUCAGCUCUCUCUUGAGAUGUUGGAGGAUGCUGUUUAUGUGUCUGUUUUGGGAGAUUUAAGUUGUUCUGAGUCUAGUACAGAUGUUUUGGAUAUGUCUCGUACCACAGCUGGUUCAAAGAAAAGUAGAAGCGCAAUUUCUUCUGUUCUUGGAGCAUACAUUCAAUGUCUUCCAAGAGAGACUUCAAAAUGGCAUCACUCUGUUCCUAGUCUUACACAUGUUGCAAGUGUAUUGAAACCUUCUUCUUCAGUGGCUAAGUCUAAUGGUUUUAGUCCGAGCGACUGUGAUGGAAUUCACAUUUCAUCUUGUGGGCAUGCUGUACAUCAGGAGUGUCAUGAUCGUUACUUGUCAUCCUUGAAGCAGAGAUACAUUAGGAGACUUGGUUUUGAAGGAGGCCAUAUUAUAGAUCCAGAUCAGGGAGAACUUCUAUGUCCAGUAUGUCGCAGAUUUGCAAAUUCCAUCCUUCCUGCAUCCUCAUACUUUUCAAAGAAAGGUCCGACUAAAACAGUUCCAUCAGAUGAUAGUUCAACAUCACUUAAAGUUACUUCAACCCCAUCGAGUAUAAAUAAUAGCGCCUUACGUCUACCUCUUGCCUUGUCUCUUCUUGUAAGCACUGCAAAGAUGGUGGGGCAAGGAAAGUUGUUGAAGGUCUUCUCUGAAGAGAUGAACGAAACUAUAGAGCCAUCUCUUGAACCUUCCCUUAGAAAACUGUGUUCGCUGUAUUAUCCUCUUAGUGAUGGCACCUUUUUAGCAUCUGAACGGCUCAGCCAGUCCCUGUUUCUCUGGGACACACUUAGGUAUUCUCUUAUCUCUACAGAGAUCGCCGCUCGUGGGAGGAUGAACCCAAGUUCAGCUAGUUCAAAGACUUGUCUAGAUUCGUUGUACAGCGAGCUCAAUUCUUCAAGUGGGUUCAUACUGUCGCUGCUGCUUUGUGUAGCUCAAUCCGCUCGCAGUUUGAGCCGUCUUGAGGUUCUUCUGAGGUUCAAAGGCAUUCAACUGUUUAUGAGUUCUGUUUGUAGUGGUGUCUCUGCGGAUGACGAUCUCUUGAACCCAACUAAGAGAAGAGGUGCAUUCUCACCUCUGCUAAAACAUUUAUAUGAGGGACAAACUCAUCCUGAUAUACAAUUUUGGAAACAAUCUGCUGAUCCUAUUCUUGCUCAUGAUCCUUUCUCAUCAUUGAUGUGGGUUCUUUUCUGCAUCCCUCAUCCGUUUGUUUCGUCCAGUGAUUUUUUCUUUCCUCUUGUGCAUCUCUUCUAUGUGGUUUGUGUAGUUCAGGCAUUGUUAACAUGUUAUAACCAAGAGAAUUUCGACACAUCAGGCUUUAGCGAUUACGUUCUUCAUGAUAUCUGUAGUACUAUGUCUGAAUCUGGCUUUGUUCGGCAGUAUUUCACCUCUAAGUAUAUUGAUCCCUCUUGCGAUCCGAAAGACAUGGUCCGUAGAUUCACAUUUCCUUAUCUUAGGAGGUGUGCAGUGUUGUGGAAGUUACUGCAAUCACCGUCUGCAAGUCCACAAUAUGACAGCCCUAAUAUGUGGGGAGGAGCAAAUUGUUUGAGCAAGGAUGUGCCAGAUCGACUCACGAUGGAGCUCAAUGGAAUAAGGGAAUUAGAAAAUAUGUUUCAGAUUCAGUCAUUAGAACUUGUUCUCAGGGAUGAAGUUGUCCGUGAUUUGGCCUUAAAAUGGUGCCAACACUUCUGCGAAGAAUUUAAAGCUCGUAGAUAUAGAGGAGCUUUGUUUUCCUCUCCUGCUGUGCCUUUUAAAUUGAUGCAAUUACCCCUAGUUUACCAGGAUCUUUUGCAAAGAUAUGUGAAAAUGCACUGCUCUGAAUGUGGGUCUGUCCCAGAAGAACCUGCACUCUGCUUGCUUUGUGGUAAAUUGUGCUCACCGAACUGGAAGUCAUGCUGUAGGGCUAGUAAAUGCCUGAAUCAUGCCGUAGUCUGUGGUGCUGGAGUUGGCGUAUUUCUGUUGGUUAGAAAAACAACAAUUCUGCUGCAGAGAGCAGCACGGCAGGCCUUUUGGCCGUCUCCAUACUUGGAUGCCUUUGGUGAAGAGGAUCAUGACAUGUGUAGAGGAAAGCUUUUGUAUCUGAGUGAGGAACGAUACGCAGCUCUUACAUAUUUGGUGGCAUCGCAUAGUCUUGAUCGGACUUCUGAAGUGUUACGCCAAACAACGAUAAGCCUUUAUGGUUCUGAUUGAACUUUUCUUUGCAAGGAGAUGCCUGUCAAGGUCAUAUUUCAAACUACAGUUUCACCUGAACUCAAUUUAGUUCUGCAGAUUGUACAGAUUUCCCGAGUUCUGGUGAACUUUCUGAUCUUAACGCUGCUGCUUCUUUCAGUGUAUAGAUAGCUCCUUGCCAUUAUAUUUUUUUUCUUCUCCUUUACUAAUAAUAAUAAUAUAUAAUAUAUAUAUGCAAUGGAAAGUGGAAGCUGUGCCGAUAGCAUGUAUCAAACUGUUAACAAUGUUGGUUGUAUUUUGGUUUUUGUUUUUUUUUUUCGUAGUUGUAAAUUGAGCUUAGUUUGUUUUAUCUCUGCCUGUACAGUUCGAAAACCUAUGUGCGACAAAAGCCACCUUAUUUAUGAAGGUGAAAAAAAUGCGUCUUUGCAUAGGUUUAUUUAUUUCGGAUGAUGUUUUCUCCA